CUGCUUUGCGACCGUUGAACUUUAACUGUUUGCUUUAACUCCGCUUGUUUAAUUAAAGGCAUGUGUUAGUUAUGCAAACAUAGAAAUAUUAUAUAAUACCCACGAUAUAUAGUUGACACAUUUGACAAAUUAGCGUAUGAAGUACUUCCGGGGUGACCGUGCCACCGAGAGAUCUCGUCCCUGCCGACCUGUCACCGAAGCCCGCUCUCAUGUCCGCUGCGGUGGUAGUAGCCGCUGUUGUCGGCGGUGGGGUACUGCUCCUCAUGCGUCGUCUGUUCCCCCGGCAGAAAGCUAUGAAGUUGCUCCGGUAUCCGGCCGACACUAUGCGAGGAAAGACAGUCAUCGUGACCGGGGCUAACUGCGGGAUAGGGAAGGCCCUGGCCGGGGAGCUGCUGAAGCUCCAUGCCCGGGUCAUCAUGGCCUGCCGGGACCAGCGGAGCGCCGAGGAGGCAGCUAAGGACAUCAAGAAACAAGCGGGACCAGAGCACGGGGAGGUGGUAAUCAAACACCUGGACCUCGCUUCUCUUAGAUCAGUUCGACAAUUUUGUGAGGAAAUUAAUAAGGAGGAAUCCAGGAUUGAUGUGCUCAUCAACAAUGCAGGACUCUACCAGUGUCCCUACACUAAGACAGAGGAUGGUUUUGAGAUGCAGCUCGGUGUCAAUCACCUGGGUCACUUCCUCCUCACUCACCUCCUGCUGGACCUCCUGAAGACUUCGGCUCCCAGUCGCAUCGUCAUCGUUUCCUCGAAGCUUUACAAGUACGGCCACAUCAACUUUGACGACCUGAAUAGUGAAAAUAAUUAUGAUAAGGCCUUCUGCUACAGUCAGAGCAAGUUGGCCAACCUGCUGUUUACACUCGAACUGGCUCGUCAGCUGGAGGGCACGGGCGUCACAGUCAACGCUCUCACUCCGGGCAUCGUGAGGACCAGACUGGGCAGGCAUGUUCAAAUCCCUCUCCUGGCAAAGCCGCUGUUAUACCUCGCCUCGCUACUCUUUUUCAAGAGUCCAUUGGAGGGGGCCCAGACUCCUCUCUAUCUGGCCUGCUCCCCUGAGGUGGAGGGAGUGUCGGGGAAAUGUUUCGCUAACUGUGAGGAGGAAGAGCUGAUGGCAAAAGCUACAGAUGACCAGGCAGCCAAGAAACUGUGGCUCAUAAGCAGGAGGAUGGUCGGACUCGCUCGUACUGUGGACGGUACUUAGGUGUUCUCGGACAAACUACUUAAUCUCUAGCAGCCCCACAGAUAUUGCUCUGCAGGAGAUGGUUUGUGAAAAGACAGAUUGCCAUUUUGGGGAUACAAUCAAUAAUUGAAUGAUAUAUUGUGCCAAUGAAGUUUGUAAAUUUGAAUGCAGUGUGUAUUUUGCAGUCGAUUAACCAGAGAAUGUUUAAAAAUGUAAAAGUUAUGGUUUAAAUGAAGAUGCAUCGCUGUUUGAAAUGAUUUCUCCUUUCAUCUACCAGCUCUGCAAUAACGCACGUCUGUGUAAACAGCCAAUAAAAUUAACCUGGUUACCCGUAUACAUGGCAAAGAAAUCGGUGUUCUCCUGAAGAAAUUUAGCUGGGGAAAUCAUGUUUCUUUAAUCCCAUUACCCGUUUGGUGAAAGGGUUUCUUUCAGAAAAUCAGAUCACUGCAGAAAACCAUAACCUGGUUACUUAAGUGCAUCUAGACUACAACAACAUCCACAUAAAGUUAGAACUUUUUGGCUUCCCUGUAAGGCACUCAGGAAGGUGGGAGAAAAUCCUAAAAGGCUACACAUUGAUUUUCCUGUCAAAACUAGUUUAAAACAGUGAAGGAAAUUCAGAAACAUUUCAGUGCAAACAGACAUUGGAAUUAUUAAUAAAACUAAAUAAUUAGUUGUAUCCUGCAAAUGUCUUGUUUAUGAAUGAAAAACCUAGAUAGCACCUUGCUCUUCCUUGUCUUCCUUUAUGCCAUUGAUUUGCACACACAUCAUCAAACUCAUCUCCCUCUUUGCAUCCAUCAAAGCCAAGCUGAGUUAUCACCUUCUCCUCCAUUGUUAGGUCACAUUAUUGCUUGUGCUGUACAAUUCUUCAGAAAAGCAUAUAUUAAGCAUAUUUUAGCUAUUCUACUUGAAUGCUAAAUUUGUGCAUACUUAAGCAUGUAUUUUGCAGGGCAGCUGUUAAUCUACUUUCCCUCUGUUGAUGUGUUUGAAGUGUAAAUAACUUCUGCUGUGUCUGGAGGAGAUUUAACAAUAAGGUUGACAAUGCAGAUCAGUGAGAUGCUGCUGCGCUGUGGCUCCCUCCUGUGGAUGGAUUACUGUCUCUCACCUUCGCAGGAAGGACUGGUAGAAGGUACAGCAAUAAAUACAAUGUAAAAUUCAGAUGCAUAAGAAUAAAUACAAGUCCAUUUCUGAAA